AUGGUGGCAUCUGCAGCAGAUGAAGAAAGCCCAUGCCCCACAGGCUGGUUCCAGUUUAAUUCACGCUGCUUCAUGUUUGUCCAGACUGCAAGGACAUGGCCUGAAGCAGAGCGCCACUGUAUGUUCCUUGGAGCAAACCUGGCAUCUGUGCACAGCUCUGUGGAGUCCCAAUUUCUACAGGCGGUGGUGUUGAUCAAGACUGGCGAUUUCCCUCUGACCUGGAUUGGAGGAUAUGAUGCUGUUGAGGCAAAUGUGGAAAAGGACAGGCUAUGGUUCUGGAGUGACGGAUCUACAUUUGAUCACCAGAACUGGGCGAAAGACGAGCCCAAUAACUAUAAGGGUGCCAGAGAGCCAUGUGUUCAGAUGAACUUUGGAGGUAAAGAUGCCUGGAAUGAUGAAUUAUGUGGAAGGAGAUAUCCCUCUGUGUGCUCCAUAAGGACCUGUUAAAUCCAAACGAUCAACUGAACCAAGCAUUCUACUGCGUAGUGUCAGCAACCGAACUGAACAAUGUUUAUGGUAAAAUCAAAUACUUUA